UUCAUCUGGGGCUCCAAUGAUUUGAUUCUUCACUCUGGUCCAGAAGAACAAAGUCUACACGCCUGACGCUCUCCUCUGCACACAUCUCUGUAGCCCACAUCGAAGGACUGCCCAGCGCUGUGAGCAGACAAACUACACUGCUGGGAUCUACAGGAGUUAAACAACAUACUAAUGGCCUCCCAGUGGAUGAGAUGGUGUACUGCUGCUGUGGUCAGCAUUGUCCUGACUUCCCUCGUGACCCCUGUUGCCAUGCAGACCUGUGACUCCGACCGGGGUUACCCAGGGGUGCCUGGGAUACCAGGAGCCCAUGGAGCUAAUGGCAAAGAUGGCCUGAAAGGGGAGAAGGGGGACCAAGGUGAGUCAUGGCUGGGCAUGAACGGGCCAAAGGGGGAACCUGGCCUGCCUGGACCCCCAGGAAGGUCAGGGCUGAAGGGGGACCCUGGCCAGCCCGGCCCCCCCGGCCCUCCUGGACCCGAAGGUCCGACUGGAGAGCGGGGAAGCACCAAGACCAUCCAGAAAUCGUACUUUUCUAACCAAAGGACCACCACAUCGUACCCUACCAAGAACGUGGACAUCCCCUUCGAGCGAUCGGUCCUGAGCAGCAGUGACCCUACCCUGGCAGGCGAUUCGCUCAGAGACGGGGUGUUCCAUUGUCCCAUCAAGGGUGUGUACUUCUUCACCUAUCAUCUGACUGCUAAGAACUUGGUGUGCCUGAAACUGAUGAAGGAGAAAGAGACCAAGAUGGAACUGUGUGAUUCAUCAAAUAACUUCAUGUUAACCUCGGGCUCAGUGUUGCUACAGCUGGAUGUGGGUGAGAAAGUGUCCCUGCAAACCACAGAUUACAACGCUGUCAUCACCAGGGAAUACCGCACUGACAGCAUCUUCAUUGGCUUCCUGCUCUAUCCUGUUGCCUAGUGGCUUAAAACCAUAUUAUUCUUUUUUACAAGUCUACAAUACUUUCUGUGUUGCAUUAUUCCAAAGUCACACAAUUGAAAAGUGAAAAGAAUGUGUAUCUUAAUAAACACACCAAGUUUAUUGUAGUGUUAUCUCUUCAAGUCAAGAUAUUCUUUGAAUAAACUGAUGACUGCCUGACA